CCACCACUACUGAAAAGGUUGACUCCUAACUACAGUUCUUGCAGAGAGAAAAAUUCACCACAAGUAGAGCACCUUCUAGAUUGCUCCUCGAGUGCGAGGACAACAGUCUGCUGUCUAAGUUACUGCAUCCAGAAAAAAAUGACCUCAUGAACAUGGGAAAAGAAAUCCAGCCAAGGCCCAAGGCAAAUGUCUCUUCUUACAUCCACUUUUUUCUGAAUUACAGAAACAAAUUUAAGGAACAGCAGCCAAAUACCUACAUUGACUUUAAAGAGUUCUCUAGAAAGUGUUCAGAAAAAUGGAGAUCCAUCCCAAAGCAUGAAAAGGCCAAAUAUGAAGUCCUAGCCAAGCUCGACAAAGUCCGAUACCAGGAAGAAAUGAUGAAUUACAUGGGCAAGAAGAAGAAACGGAGAAAGCGGGACCCCCAGGCACCCAGACGGCCUCCAUCGUCCUUUCUACUCUUCUGCCAAGACCACUAUGCCCAGCUGAAGGGGGAGCACCCAAAUUGGUCAGUGGUGGAGGUGGCCAAGGCCACAGGGAAGAUGUGGUCUUCAACGAUGGACAUGGAGAAGCAGUCGUAUAAACAGAGAGCAGCUGUCCUGAGAGCUAAGUACCAAGAAGAACUCAUGGCCUACCAUAAACAUCGCAGAGCUAGAAAGAAGUGCCAAAUGUUGGCUAGGAACCAGCACAGAGGGAAUUCUGUGUAA